GGUCCCACCGAGGCGCAGCGGCCGGAGAUGCAGCGGGGCGCCGCGCGCUGUCUGCGCCUAUGGCUCUGCCUCGGACUCCUGCACGGCUUGGCAAGUGGCUAUUCCAUGACACCACCAGCUCUGAACAUCACAGAGGAGGCAUACAUCAUUGACACUGGAGACAGCCUGUCCAUCUCCUGCAGGGGACAGCACCCCCUUGAGUGGGCCUGGCCAGGAGCCCAGGAGGUGCUGGCCAUGGAGGGAAAGGAAGGUGAGGAUGUGCGGGCAGCGCAAGACUGCGAGGGUACAGAAGCUAGGCCCUACUGCAAGGCUCUGUUGCUGGCUGAGGCCCGUGCCAACAACACGGGCAGCUACCACUGCUACUACAAGUACAUCAAGGCUCGCAUUGAGGGCACCACGGCUGCCAGCACUUAUGUGUUUGUGAGAGACUUCGAGCAGCCCUUCAUCAACAAAGCUGGCACGCUCCUGGUCAACAGGAAGGACUUCAUGUGGGUUCCCUGCCGAGUAUCCAUCCCAGGCCUCAACGUCACACUGCGCUCGCAAAGCACAGUGCUACAUCCUGAUGGACAGGAGGUGGUGUGGGAUGACCGCCAGGGUAUGCGGGUACCCACACCACUGCUGCGUGAUGCCCUGUACCUGCAGUGUGAGACAACAUGGGCCGGUCAGGACUUCCUUUCCAACCCAUUCAUUGUGCAUAUCACAGGCAAUGAGCUCUAUGACAUCCAGCUGUUUCCCAAGAAGUCCCUGGAGCUGUUGGUUGGAGAGAAGCUGGUCCUGAACUGCACGGUGUGGGCUGAGUUCAAUUCGGGUGUCACCUUCGACUGGGACUAUCCGGGGAAGCAGGCAGAGCGGGGUAGAUGGGCACCUGAGCGGCGCUCCCAGCAGACUCAUACCGAGCUCUCCAGCAUCCUGACCAUCCACAAUGUCAGCCAGCACGACCUGGGCCCUUACGUAUGUGAGGCCAACAAUGGCAUUCAGCGGUUCCGGGAGAGCACCGAGGUCAUUGUGCAUGAAAAGCCCUUCAUCAGUGUGGAGUGGCUCAAAGGACCCAUCCUGGAGGCCACAGCAGGUGAUGAGAUGGUGAAAUUGCCUGUGAAGCUAGCAGCGUACCCCCCACCGGAAUUCCAAUGGUACAAGGACAAAAAGGCAAUGACCGGACGACACAGUCCACACGCCCUGGUACUCAAAGAGGUGACUGAGGCUAGCGCGGGCCUGUACACCCUCGCCCUGUGGAACUCUGCAGCUGGCCUGAAGUGCAAUAUCAGCCUGGAGCUGGUGGUGAAUGUGCCCCCCCACAUCCACGAGAAGGAGGCCUCUUCCCCCAGCAUCUACUCCCGCCACAGUCGCCAGGCCCUCACGUGCACAGCCUACGGGGUGCCUCCGCCUCUCAGCGUCCAGUGGCAUUGGAGGCCUUGGACGCCCUGCAAGAUGUUUUCCCAGCGCAGCCUCCGGCGACAGCAGCGGGAUCACAUGCCACAGUGCCGGGACUGGAGGGAGGUAACCAUGCAAGAUGCUGUGAACCCUAUUGAGAGCCUGGACACCUGGACUGAGUUUGUGGAGGGGAAGAAUAAGACGGUGAGCAAGCUGGUGAUCCAAGAUGCCAACGUGUCGGCCAUGUACAAGUGUGUUGUCUUCAACAAGGUUGGCCAGGACGAGAGGCUUAUCUACUUUUAUGUGACCACCAUCCCCGACGGCUUCAGUAUUGAAUCGGAGCCUUCCGAGGAGCCUUUGGAGGGCCAGUCUGUGCGUCUCAGCUGCCGGGCGGACAACUACACGUACGAGCAUCUGCGUUGGUACCGGCUCAACCUCUCGACGCUGCACGACGCUCACGGGAACCCGCUGCUGCUCGACUGCAAGAACGUGCAUCUGUUUGCCACUCCGCUGGCCGCCAGCCUAGAAGAGGCUGCGCCCGGGGUGCGCCACUCCACACUCAGCCUGAGCAUCCCCCGAGUGGCGCCCGAACACGAGGGUGACUACGUGUGCGAGGUGCAGGACCGGCGCAGCCAGGACAAGCACUGUCACAAGAAGUACCUGUCAGUGCAGGCCCUGGAAGCCCCUCGGCUCACGCAGAACUUGACCGACCUCCUGGUGAACGUGAGCGAUUCGCUGGAGAUGCGGUGCCCCGUGGCCGGAGCGCACGUGCCCAGCAUAGUGUGGUACAAAGACGAAAGACUGCUGCAGAAAGAGUCGGGAAUCGACCUGGCCGACUCGAACCAGAAGCUGAGCAUCCAGCGCGUGCGUGAGGAGGACGCAGGCCGCUAUCUGUGCAGCGUGUGCAAUGCCAAGGGCUGCGUCAACUCCUCCGCCAGCGUGGCGGUGGAAGGUUCCGAGGAUAAAGGCAGCAUGGAAAUCGUGAUCCUCAUCGGCACUGGGGUUAUCGCUGUCUUCUUCUGGGUCCUCCUGCUCCUCAUCUUCUGUAACAUGAGGAGGCCGGCCCAUGCAGACAUCAAGACAGGCUACCUGUCCAUCAUCAUGGACCCCGGAGAGGUGCCUUUGGAAGAGCAGUGUGAAUACCUGUCCUAUGAUGCCAGCCAGUGGGAGUUCCCAAGGGAACGGCUGCACCUUGGGAGAGUCCUUGGCCAUGGGGCUUUCGGGAAAGUGGUGGAAGCCUCAGCUUUUGGCAUCAACAAAGGCAGCAGUUGUGACACUGUGGCUGUAAAAAUGCUGAAAGAAGGUGCAACAGCCAGCGAGCACCGCGCCCUGAUGUCAGAGCUCAAGAUCCUAAUCCACAUCGGUAACCACCUCAACGUGGUCAACCUCCUGGGGGCUUGCACCAAGCCCAACGGCCCCCUCAUGGUGAUUGUGGAAUUCUGCAAGUAUGGUAACCUCUCCAACUUCUUGCGCGCCAAGCGGGAGGCUUUCAAUCCCUACGCAGAGAAGUCUCCGGAGCAGCGAAGGCGCUUUCGGGCAAUGGUGGAAGGCACCAAGGCUGACCAAUGGAGGUCAGGAAGCAGUGACAGGGCUCUACUCACAAGGCUGCUGAUGGGCAAAGGAGGAACAGGACGGGCCCCUCCUGUACAAGAAACUGAGGACCUGUGGCUGAGCCUGCUGACCGUGGAGGACCUUGUCUGCUACAGCUUCCAGGUGGCCCGGGGGAUGGAGUUCCUGGCUUCCCGAAAGUGCAUUCACAGAGACCUGGCUGCUCGGAACAUCUUACUAUCAGAAAGUGACGUGGUGAAGAUCUGUGACUUUGGUCUUGCCCGAGACAUCUACAAAGACCCUGACUACGUCCGCAAGGGCAGUGCCCGGUUGCCUCUGAAGUGGAUGGCUCCAGAGAGCAUCUUUGACAAGGUGUACACCACACAGAGUGAUGUGUGGUCCUUUGGGGUGCUGCUGUGGGAGAUCUUCUCCCUAGGAGCCUCCCCAUACCCUGGGGUACAGAUCAACGAGGAGUUCUGCCAGCGGCUGAAAGAUGGCACACGGAUGAGGGCCCCAGAGCUGGCCACUCCUGCUAUACGCCACAUCAUGCAGAGCUGUUGGUCUGGAGACCCCAAAGCAAGGCCUGCUUUCUCAGAGCUCGUGGAGAUCUUGGGGGAUCUGCUCCAAGGUGGAGGCCAGGAGGAGGAGGAAGAGGAACACAUGGUCCUGCACAGUUCUCAGAGCUCAGAGGAGGGUGGCUUCCUGCAGACAUCCACCACAGCUCUGCAUAUCGCAGAGGCUGACCCUGAGGGUAGCCCACCCAGUGUGCAUCGCCACAGCCUGGCAGCCAGAUAUUAUAAUUGUGUGUCCUUUCCUGGGUGCCUGGCCAGAGGAACUCAGACCCAGGGUCCCUCCAGGAUGAAGACAUUUGAAGAAUUCCCCAUGACCUCUACGACAUACAAAGCCUCUGUGGACAGCCAGACAGACAGCGGGAUGGUGCUGGCAUCAGAGGAGUUUGAAGAGAUUGAGAGCAGGCAUAGACAAGAAGGUGGCUUCUGCUGUAAGGGACCUCGCCAGGACAUGGAUGUAAGCCCAGGACACCCUGACUCCCAGGGGAGGAGGCGACGGCCCCACCAGGGAGCGCAGGGAGACCAAGUGUUCUACAACAGCGAGUAUGGCGAGCUUUCACAGCCGUGCAAGGACAGCGACUGCUCCCCGUCUCCCGGUUCACCCUUCUUCACAGAAGACGACGACUAAGGCUGACCCUGGGCUCAGACAACUGGGGUGGAGAGCCUUCCCUGGCAGAGUGAGCAGGGACCUGAGGCCCAGGCUGGGAACUCAUCCCCUUUAGCUCCAUCCUGGAGGUGCUUCCUGUUCUCUCUCCAGCCUCCCUAGCUCCAGGCACAAGGGCUCCCCUGAACUGUGCACUGCACCGUCCCUGUCACAGGCCACUUUCAGAUACUCAUUGUCCCUCUUACCCCUCACAUUUCAAUUGUUGUAGCUCAGCAACCACCAAAGGGCUGAGCACUCCCACAGAGAAUGGCUUUCAGGUACCUCCUUGUAUUACAGUGGGUGGGUGACAUGUUCCUCAUUUUCUGAUAACAGAAUGGUUAUGUCUUGAGUCAUACAGCGAUCAAGGUAGAACUACAUCUGAGCCACUGUGUCCCAGUUCCGACCCCAAACAUGAUCCUGGCCACAUUCAGCUUCCUUACCUGUGGGCCAGGGCUUGCUUUGCCUGACUCUCCAAGGCUAAAGAAUUCCAGGUGCCCAUGUUAAAACAACAAAUGAGGGACUGGGGGUGGGUCCUCUCCUGAGCCCAGCUAAACAUCUAACUAGCUCAUGGGCAGCUGUUUGGACAUGACAGCCAACUACAAAAAAAGAAGCAGAACACACGUUGAGCAGAACUGCCUAACAAAUACGUUUUGUAUUAGAACUUCAGAGACUGAUGUAAAGAAUUUACUCUCUCAAACUUCAGUGAGAAGGAAUCCCAUAGGCAACCUGACUGAAUGAGAAGGCUCUGAAUUCCCACCUGCCUGGCCCAGAAUCUGAGAAAACAGCUGAUGUUCUAGAAAUGGCCUGUUUGGUUCUUCUCAGGAUCUGCAUGUCCUCCUGAGAUAAGCAAGGACAAGCACCAAAGUGCCUACCAACCAAGGCUUGGAGACUGGCACAGAGACUCACAUUGCCCAGUGCUAAUGAACCAUCGAAGCACAUUCUGGAGCCCUCAGAGGACCCCGUCUUUUACCUUCCCUUUGCCUGUGCCAGAUGCUGACAUCUGGACAAGCCAAGCCUUUGCCUUUGCCCUGAGGAACUCCCCGUGGAGGCUGAAGCACUUCUGCCCAGAACCCUAUCCCACCCCAGCUCACACUGCCCAGCCACUCCCAUCAGAAUAAAGCCCCUCAUCUUGGCUUAGUACCGUGGAGAUGAAUCCCUCUCAACCUCUAGCCCGAUCCCAACAAGAACACUUGCUGGACAGGUGACUACAACAAGCAGGGGCUUGCUCGGCAGACCCUCCCCACCAAGUGUAUGACUUUUCUGGUAGGUGGGGUACAUGAAUGAUCAUAGUCCUCGUUGUCUCCCCUCCUUCCCACCUCCUCCCUACUUCCUCUGCAUCUGACCCUGCAAGACUUGGGUCCCAGGCACAUCUAGUGGACGUUCACAAGCCUCUUUAGAGGACCAAAGUUUGCAAUGUAGGUGCAGAUCCCCUCCCAACCUUCCCUCACAUCUGUACCACCUGUUUGUGUCACCUCUCUUGACAUGUAACUACACACACACACACACACACACACACACACACAAAUGCAUUUGGGAAGAAAACCUACUAUGCCCUAUAUUUAACGAAAGAAUAUAAUAAAUUUGAUGCCAGUUUUUUGCAAUGAA